AUGAGGGAGAGUGUGAGAGAAGAACAAGAGAACGACGAGACUGAAGUGAGAGUAGAGAACGGCGAGAUUGAAUGGAGAGUAGAGAACGGCGAGAUUGAAGUGAGAGUAGAGAACGACGAGAUUGAAGUGAGAGUAGAGAACGACGAGAUGGAAGUAAGAGUAGAGAACGACGAGAUUGAAGUGAGAGUAGAGAAUGACGAGAUUGAAGCUAGAGAAGAAAAUGAAAAGGAUACGGAGAGGUUCAAAGAGGAAGCAGAUGGAGGGAAAGGGGGCAAUGGGGACACACAGGGAGGGAAAGGGGGCAAUGGGGACACACAGGGAGGGAAAGGGGGCAAUGGGGACACACAGGGAGGGAAAGGGGGCAAUGGGGACACACAGGGAGGGAAAGGGGGCAAUGGGGACACACAGGGAGGGAAAGGGGGGAACGACGACGUGGAGGAAGGGCUGGGAGGCAACGACGACGUGGAGGGAGGGCUGGGAGGCAACGACGACGUGGAGGGAGGGCUGGGAGGCAACGACGAUGCGGAGGGCUGGGGGGCAACGACGACGCGGUGGGCUGGGGGGCAACGACGACGCGGAGGGCUGGGGGGCAACGACGACGCGGAGGGCUGGGGGGCAACGACGACGCGGAGGGCUGGGGGGCAACGACGACGCGGAGGGCUGGGGGGCAACGACGACGCGGAGGGCUGGGGGGCAACGACGACGCGGAGGGCUGGGGGGCAACGACGCCGCGGAGGGCUGGGGGGCAACGACGCCGCGGAGGGCUGGGGGGCAACGACGCCGCGGAGGGCUGGGGGGCAACGACGCCGCAGAGGGCUGGGGGGCAACGACGACACGGAGGGAGAGGGAAAUAGCGACGGCGGCAGCAAGGGCGGAGACGGCGGCAGCAAGGGCGGAGACGGCGGCAGCAAGGGCGGAGACGGCGGCAGCAAGGGCGGAGACGGCGGCAGCAAGGGCGGAGACGGCGGCAGCAAGGGCGGAGACGGCGGCAGCUAG